AUGGUGGAUCCAACAAAAGACGACUCGCCCGCAUGCACGCGAGACAUCCGACAGCUGCCAAGAAGAAUACGUUCCCCCUAUGACUCUGCCGCUCGACCUCAUACAAGUCCGCAAGAAAGUGUGUCGCGUCCGUCCACCCUUCUCCCUCCCUUGACCUCGACAACGUCCUCCACUUCAGCCAGCUCGCAUUUUUACUAUCCAUCUCAGCAAGGCUCUUUCCAGAGGAGUACCCCACUAUACGCCCCCAGUUAUAGCGAUCUGCCCCACAGUAAAGGCUACAAUUACCGGUCACCAGCUCCACCGCGCCGAUUAAGCUCAUCCAGGACAUCUGUUUUUCAGACACAGAUAAACCCAUUGGAUUACACGCCGGCCGAUCCAGGGGUUGAUCUGUCCAUCUUUACAGAGGAAGACGCGGUCGUUUUGCGAAAUCUGCUUCCGUUGGCAGAGAUCCAUAAAUGGAAGUUUGUUGCAACCAAACUCUCUAAAAGAAGAUCGAAAAAGCUUAAUGCUGACUUCUGCAUCAAAAAAUUCCACGAAAUGUUCGAUCUCCCGUUUAAUCCUGCUCACUCCCUGUUCAAUUCCCAAUACUUCCUAAGAGCGUCUGCUGGUACGGCGCAUUCGAGAAGAAACCUUGAGGGUCUGGUUGGCAGCUCGUUGCCAUACAUUGUUUCCAAAGACGGUUGGAACAAUAUUCAAUAUGACACCUCGCACCGGGCCUCGGCAUAA